AACGCCAUCCAUCCAUCUGCUGCUGCUUCCAACGAGGACCACCAGACGGGAUCACUACUGUCUGGCCGAAGCACCGCAAAAGCAGAACACAUCCUGACCAUUUCUGGAGAACCACCUAUCCAGCUGCCAACAUGGGACAGUCUGCCUCGGGGACCUCUUACAAAGCACAAACUGACCGCUUGUACGGUCAUUUCUCGCGCAACCCUCAUGGCUCUGUUCACCGUGACCAAUGCCAGACCUGUCUUCCGUCACAGCAGUGCAUCCGGCCAUCGGGCCGCCUACGCCUCCUACUGCGGACAAUGGUACGUGGAAUGGCCGAUAGGAGAUGCCGCACACGUCCACUUCGCAGCGCAUGAUUCACUCAUGCUGAACAAAGACGUCUAUCCCCCCGCAUUCGAAUUACGAGUCGACCGUUGUCUGCGCAUGCUAGCCGGCGUAAUUGAAAGUCCUGCAUCGGUACCAUCCACGCCAUUCAAAUGCGCCUUUCCUGGACGCAAAGCAUCCGGGACAUGGAUUCUGGAACACACCGUCCGAGGCUUCGGCGGCGCCCAUGGCAGCAGACAUCUCUAUAACAUGAUUGGGGGCAACGUCAAUGAAGUCGACUUCCUAUUCAUGAAGCCCCUCGCCGACGACGAAGCCAGCCCAAUCGCAGAACCAAUCACCAUCCUCUCCCUCCCCAGUAGUGAAGCCAAUCCCCGACACCAAAACAGCAACCAAGACCCAGUAACCCUCUACAUCCUUCCCAACGAAGCCACCAUCCUCAACAACUGCCUCGACUACCUCCCCUGGACGUCUCUCUCCUGGUCCAUUCACCGGGGGCUGCGGGACAUUCUCAUCGCCUUCGCCAAGCCGCGCAUGAACCACCACCGCAGCCAACUCGCGCAAACCCUCCGUUCUACGGUCUCCACCCGGCCAGACCGACUCAUCGCCCGGGGCUGGGACGCGCAGUUCGUCCAAGACGGCAGCAUGGCCGACAUGGCCGCGGGUGCCGUGUUAGCCGGGAGCGGCAAUUCCGGCGAUGCGGUCCGCAUCGUCACGGAUAUUGCGGCAGUCUGGUGCGAAAGUCGCGAAGACAUAACAUCGUACGAUGAGACGAUGUUCUGGAGGGUUGAACCUACUCCUCUUAGCCCUCUUUCUCCCUCGGUAAUAUCAGAUGACAGUUUUACUUCCGGUCCCGGUGGCAAUAAUAGUGGUAGUGAAGGGCUCAGUUCCAUGGCUGUUGUGGCGCUAGUCAAGUUCUUUGUUUUGGAAUGGAGCGUGGAGUUGGAUUAUCAGAUGUAUCAUGAUUUGCCGCUAGAGUUGUACUUGGGAUAGUCUCUC